AAUCCUUGAAAUUAUUUAAAUACUAUGAGAAUGAUUGAUGUUUUGUUUGAGAUUAUUUGAAAAAUCACAACCUAACAAACCAGGUUUAGUUUAAAAUUAUUAUACCUGAAAUGAUUGUAGAGUAGUUGAAAAGAAAAAGAAUUUGAAAGUUGCAAUCAUCAUCUAGAUAUUUACAUUAUUCACAAUCACAGAGAAUGAAUGUUCAUAUAUAUUUAUACAUACAUGUCUGUUGAAUUGUACCCAGUUUAUAAAUUUCCAAGCUUGAUCAUUUAGGUUUUGUACAGGUGAGGAAGAUGACAAAACCCAUCUGCUUGGCAUCUGGUGGAAACUUGUAAUUCAAAGAUGCCAUGAAUUUUAUUUUAUUUUGUUUUCUUUUUAUGGCCCACCAAGUGUUUGUUAAAAUGUCAAAGAAGGAUAUUUAAAAAUUUAGUUUGGUUGGGAGAAAUAGGAAGAAACAUGUCUUGACCAUGUCUUGUUCAUAUUCAUAAUUCAUAGUUUUUAUUUUAAUUAUUAUUUGUCGGAAAGCUUUUGCCGUGCUUAAUGAGUAAAUUGAUAUGUUUUUGCUGCCUGCAAUAAUAAUUCAACUUGUCUCUUCUACUUAUGAAGCAACAAAGUCUCACCCACCAUUUCUACACUUGAACAAGCUUGACUUGAAGUCUGGAAGGAUAUCUCUAUUUGGUUUUGUGUUGUAUGCAGUAUCUAAAGUGAAGUGUUUUUAAGGAAAAGAAAUUGCUUUUUUCUGGGUUGAAAUCCUCCAUCAGAGGAUUGAUUGAGGCUGGGAAUGGAAAUGGAAGGAAGGAGCUACUCUGAAUUGUAUCGCAACACAAGCGAAGACAUGUUCUUUAAGUCUUUGAUGGAGACAGUACCAUCCAUGGAAAUCCUGGGUUUUAAGAAUCUUUCUCAAAGUUUCAGAACUGACAGUGAAGAACUUUUCAAGAACUGGCUCACUGAUGGAGAGAACCAUGGGUAUAAUCCAACAACAAGCAUUGCACAUCGAACUAGACAAGCAUCAAAAAGGAUCUCAACUGAUUUAGCCACUCUAUCCCAAGAACCCUUAAGCAUAAUUGAGAAGAAAAGAAACAAUGAUAGCAAUAAUAAUAAUAAUAAUAAUAAUGCAGUUCUUCAAAAUAUUCCCGCAGCAGAUGGAACCAUGAGUGAAUUUAAUCAACAAUUAACCAGAAACACAGUUGAAAAGGAUUUACUACAACCCAACAAUCUUCAUUUGGCUAAGGCAUGGUUUCACAGUUCUCAGCCUAUGACAAGAAGCCGAUCAUCUGAGCUGAGGAAAAGGUAUGCUGCAAUGCAGAUUUCUCAAUCAUCACUUGGUCUUGAAGCCACAAACAACACUAUGUCAAGAUAUAGCAUGAACAGUUCGAAGCAGGAAUUCGCUAACCCAGAAGGUCUAGCCGAAGCUCAGACUCCAAACAUUCCUAACCAGUUCAACAUGUUUAUAUCUAUGUCAAAUUCUUCAUCUUCUGCUUUCAACAACCCACCAAUAGAUGAAGAAGAUGAAGAAGAACCUGAUAAAAUUUCAUCAGUUGUAAGCAUGCUUAAGGGCACAAUAGAGCGCAAGAAGCUUAAUAACUCCUCUGGAUUCAAUGAGACUGGCUUAAAUGAAGGGCGAGAAACUGAAUUUCAAGGGGCCCUCAGAACUUUUGAAGUUGAAAAUGAUUUUGGUACAUCACAAACAUGUUUGGAUGAUGGGUUUAUUAUGACUCACACGAAUCCCAUUAUGUGUGUAAUGUCUGGUGAGCCUUCUCAAAGUGAAUCUUCAGUGGCAGCACCUUUAGUCUCCAAUGGUUUUGAUGCUUAUGAUGGUCCAAGCAACUGUGGACAAACUUUGAGUUUCUCAAAGGCUAACAAGAAACCAAUUGUGGGUAAUGGAUCUAAAAUGAAAGAUCAAUGCAAAAGGAUCUAUGAUAACAUAAAAGAUGAUAAGAAGAAGGGAAGUUUAAUUCGACAUGGAUCUGUAACUUCUACAUAUUCAGUGGACAAAAGUGAUCCUACAAAGAAGCGAAGGGUCGAGAGAUCAAGAAAAAUGGCAGAAGCUAAAGAGAGAAACCUGACUCCAUCGCUUCCAUCAGAUAUGCAGUCAAUUCUGAAGAGAUGUGAGAAUCUUGAGAAGGAAGUUCGAUCUCUCAAACUGAACUUGUCCUUCAUGAAUAGAAAGGACUCGGAGCAAACCAAACACAUAGAAGAGCUUCAGAAACAAAAUGACGAGUUAACUGAUGAAAAAGAACGCCUCCUAGAAGAGAUUGAGAGGAUUAUUUCGGAAACAGGAAACAUAUGAAACCAUAUUAAAACUCUUUUUCUUCUUUGUUGUAACAUUUGGUC